AUGAAAGCGCAGGAAAUAAACGGGCAAAUAAUCGCCCAGGGAAACUACACCCGCAGAGCCUUCCAAACAAAUAACAUCAAAAUAAAAACGAAGAGCAUAGUAAGUGCAAUUGAAAACCUGCAACCAAAAAACCCCAACCUACUAACCCUUAAUGAAAAUUUAAUUUCGAAAAUAAGAAGCGACGGAUUAGAAAUUAUAAAAAAGGAAGGAGAAAUAUUGGACGUUAAUUCAAGGAAUGUAUGCUACGCCCUGAAAAAUGGAAAAUUCCGUUUGAUUAAUCAAAAUGGUGUUAACACAACGAGGAUAAAGCUACCCUACGACAAUGAGGUAGUUUAUGUGUCCUUCAACAAGGAAAAUGGGAACCUGUUGCUUCUCCUAGACAAUAAGGGACACUUAUAUAUAUAUAGCAUUAAUGAGUAUAAGGUGGAGUUGAUCCUUUGUUUAAAUUUCCCUCCAUACCAGAAGAAAUCAUCAUCAUGGAGCUCAUUGUCCUCUUCCAAUAGCGUUGGUGUUGAAAACACAUUAAAGAGUGGUUUGCCUCUAAAGGCUAGUUGGCUACCCAAGAGUGAUAAUUUUUUUCUAACUGGACAUAACAACUGUUUGUACAUAUGGAACAUUUCUUUGCUGAUUAAUGUAAUGGCUUCGAAAAAGCGGAAGGACGAGAUGGAUGUCACGGAUGAGUUGGUGGCCGGGUGUGCAGUCACUCUACUGUUCGAACCCAUUAUGCGAAGAUACAGCUAUGUGGGUGGUAAGGAGGCUGCUAAUCGAUUGGGUAGCGAAGCGGACAAGACGUCGCAUGCGGAUACGGAGAAGACGUCGCACGCUAAUACGGAGAAGACGAUACUAAACACCUACUGUCUGAGCCUCAACGGAAAGUACCUCCUCGCGUUGGUGAACAAUCAUUACGCAGUCAUUUGGCAACUCCAGCGUAACCACCAGGAAAUCAAAUUUACCCUUGUGGGUUUUAGCUCCCUCCAGAAGGAAUUGAAAAAGAUUAAAGCAAUGUUGCAGACGGAGGGAUCACGUAAUGGGGAUGCAACAGAGAUGCAACAUGCUGUGGGAGUCCAACCCAGUGAGGAGUACAUCCCACUCGAUCAGCACAACCGAAGAGGCCUCGACGUGGAUAUAUCCUCCGUGCACAUAUUGAAUAGUUUUUUUCAACCAAGUGAAAGUGGUGAUGGCACAAACCAGAGUACCUACUACCUGCUCGUUUUCCACAGUUCCUGCUGCAUAUCCGUUUUCCCUUUUAAUAAUAAAAUCGAUCCCAGUGGAGAAGACACAACAGAGCGUAUUGACAUACUUGGGGAGUGCAGCGUACAAAAUAUUUUUGUAGAGAGGGACAAGGUCAGCAUUGAAAACAUGGAACUCUUUGUGGACCCCUCGGAGUUCUUUGUCUUUUUUAACAUCUCCUAUCGCGUGGGAAGCGCGGAAACGUCACACGUGUCGUACACAAGCAGAAGCCUUAUCUUCAUUCUAGAAAUAUUUAAUAAGAAGAGAUUAGACUUUAAAAUACACCCCAAAUUUGUCCACCUACCUAAUAACUCCAUCUUGCCCCUCUGCUCCAUCAGAUUAAUUAACACAAACGACUGCCUUAAAUUUUCGAAAGUCCUAAACGUUUCUGUGUCUUCUUCGUCUUUAAAUAUUAUUAACCUUUUUAUGUUUUGUAUUAUUUUUAAUUCUUGCAAAAAGAGCGUCAGCGUGCAGUCCUUUUCUGCUCCCAUUCCGCUCCUCAUGGGGGACGUUUCCGGCCCCACUGCUGACGGGAACACACACGAGGGGGAAGCGGACACCAACGCGGAGAAGGAUACGAAGCAGCAAGGUGAACCAGAGAAGGAUGCGAAGCGGGAAGAAGUGCCCACUUGUAAUGGAGGCCAAGGGACAGGUGCCAACAAUGGAGUUUCCCCUCCCUCAGCCCAGCCAAGUGGUGCAAAAGUCCAACCCACUAAUAUGAAAAAUGAAAACGAAGAAUCCUCGAACAUACAGAACAAUAUAUCUCACUAUGAGGAGUUCCUAAACGCGAUAAUGUCCCCUGGGGUCGGAAGUCAGAACGCCUCCCAUGCAGUAACAGGCAGGGGGGACAUAACGGGUCUCGCAGAAAAUACCAACGUUGGGUAUCAAAAUGAAGGGGAAGUUAUAACCCUACCAAAUGGAAGUGGAAACUCCGUCCAGCAUAUGAGUAAAGACGAAAUGGCACUUUUUACUUCGUUCAAAAGGGGAGGGGUCGACACGGGGAUAACGGCACAGGGGGAAAAAACCUUAGGUACAUCUACUCCUAUUCGUAAGGCCAGUGCAGACGUGGUAGGUACUCCAGGCGGAAUUAUCAACUGUACAAGUGAUGUGAACCCGCGCAGUGACGUAGCAUGUGUUAGUGUAACAGAGAUGCUAAAGGAGAUUAUGGGUAAGGGUGACGAAGGAGAGGAAUAUAACCCAUCCAAUACAGCGGAAGAAGGAGCGUAUGCACCGAAGAACCAGCUCAUGGGUCAUCCUGAAAUGGAGCAUCUGAAUGGCCUGACCAAGGAACAGCACAAAGGAGAGCAAUUGGAGAUGGCGCGAAAGGUGUGUGAAGCUGGAAGAGAUGCAGCCGUUUUGAGGGGCUCCCCUGAUGGGCGCCUUGAAAAUGCAGGCAGCAAUUUUUAUGUAGAGGAUGAUACCCCCCCGCAGAACGCGAACCCCAUUGGAGAAAUGCAAAGGGAUGAAAAGUUAGAACAGGUAGAAAAAUUGGAAGAAGAGAAAAAGGAUGAAGAAGUGGAAAGCACAAAAAUGUUGGUUCCAACGACGUCACGUAGGAGCAGCAGAAAUGAAGGUCACCACUCUGAUGACCUUUUUUCCUUUAUGGAGGGAGGAAGGAGCGGUGCUCCCCAGGGACAAAUAACCCCCGUAGGUGUGGACAUUCCACGUUCCCUCCAUGCUGAGGCGCAUAUAGCAAUUAACGAACAAGAAGAAAAAAAAACAGUCGAGCAUAACAGCAAUAUUGAUAUUAUCAUGUCCACACAUGAGGAUGCACUGAGGAGGUUCAUGGAAUGUGAGGAUGGAGGUGAGCCGAGCGAGAUGGACCAUCCGGAAAAGUCGAACGAGGAAAGCAUUCCCCUAGUGGAUACUCAACAUAGCGUUAAUGAGGGAGAGGUGGCAGAACAGCAGGUUCCACUCGAGGAAGACAUAGAACAGAGCGAGUUUUAUAAUAAGAAGGAGAAGGAAGGGGGAAUGAAGAAGGAGAACAAUCUGAACUCCUUUUUACAUAAGUUAGGGUUUUUUAAAAGUAGUCCUUCCACAUGUGGAGAGACAGCAGGGGAGGAAGAAGCCGUGAAAGCUCAUUGCGUGAAGGCACCCAUCAUCAAAAUAAGCAGCACCAACGAGGGGGGUCUUCUCAACGAGAGGAAAGAACAAACGGAGAAGGAAAAACAAGUGGAGGUAUCAUCACACAAGGGUAGGAAAGAUAAGUCAGACGAGUGUAGCGAGGUGUGUGACAUGCGUGGAAGGGAGCACUUGGUUUGGAAUUCCACAGAAGGAGGAAUUGCCAUGCUAGAUAACAAGAUCAAGUUGGUGAAGAAAAAAGAAGAAAGUGAAAUAAUAGGGUUAAACGAAUGCUCUAAUAAGGAAGGAGAAGAAGGGGUGAAGGUUAAUGCUGCCUUGGUGAACAGUACCCCAUGGAACUGUACUGAGGAAGGACAAACAGGAAUGACGUCAGACGACUUACUCAAACAGAUGUGUAGGGAGGUAUGCAGAAAAGUCAGUGACAAAAUGGCGGAUAUUAUAUACAAGGAAAUUACCACCUCUGGAAUGACAAGCCUGAAGGAGGAAGCAUUUGUACUGGGACAAAUGAAGGAAGGUCACUUAGAAGGAAGCGUUAAUUCAGGAGGAGAAAAAGCGUAUGAAGAAAUGGCAACCCUGGUUAGCAAUUGUGAAAAAAGAAUGAAUAAAAUGAUGGAGGAAAUAAACAUCCUGAAGAACGGAAAUAAAAAUAUGAAUGGGAAAAUUCUUUCCAUUGGUACCACGGUGGGAAAAAUAUACGACACGCUAAAAAGUGGAGGGGGCAACAGCGCCGGCGUGAACUGUGCUAGCUGUGCGAGUGGCCAUGGGAUGUACAACAGAGGGCAGAAGACCAACUCGUAUGAAGGUAAAGUGGAUAAGCUGAUAAGCGAAAUGAGCACUUUUAAGAAAGCCAUGUACAGCGAGACGAACAGAUUGUCCGACACCUUAUCUUCCAUGGCGGAGGAUUUGAAAGGCGCCUUCACCAAAUGUUUAAAGGGGAAUAACGAGGAGCUGAAGAGGUGGGCAUUGCAGGAUGUGAAGCACGGGCGUAAGGAUGAAGAAGGAGGGGGACAUAAAAUGGGCACCACCACGGAAAAUGGUGCAGACUACGAUGUGGCCACAGGCCAAGCAGGAAAAAAAAACACUCCCUCUUUUAACAAAGACAUGGCUGAUUUCUUUAACAGCGCGCAUCAGAACGCGGUGAAGAAAAUCAUGCCCUCUGUUAUCUCUUCAGAGAUUCAAAUUCAGUUCGCCAAAAGUGUAAUACCUGGCAUGAAGGAAGCCUACAACACGGGUUUUCAUUCAAUGAAGGAGUCACUAAACUCGUUACUAAAUGAGAAUAGACAAUGGUUAAGUAAAGAGCUGCAUGCUGUGGAAAAGGCAGUGAUGUGUGAGAAGGCCGGGGGAGGAAAAAGUGAAGACACGUUGAUUUCAAUUAGCAACAAGAUGGAGGAACUGCAAAAUGAGAUGAAGCUUUUCUCCUUUAACAUGUAUAAACAGAUUUCUUACCUCCGGGAUGACAUUAACGAGAUUGGCAAGUCACGCGUGAUGGAACUGGCCGAUGGGGGAGAAGUUGACCAUGCCAUGUUGCGUGAGGACGGGGAGGAAGAGGAGGUCAGGUCCCCAGCGGAGGAGGAGAUGGACCCGCGGGCAGACCAGAAUGGGGAGAACCACUACCUGAAUGAUUGUAGAAGCUAUUACCCAAGUGGCCAGCGGAGUGAUAAACGAAGUGAUAAGCGAAGUGGUCGGCGAAAUGAAUUGCAGAAUGACGGCGGUGAUCCCAGCGGGGCAAGGCAGUACCCACAUCCAAGUCAGAGGAGUAUAGUAGUAGAUGAAGGCCAAAAUAAAAGUAGCAGCUCCAUCGUGGAAUUAAAACAAGAAGAGGAAUACUGUGCGAAGCCACGUAACGACACAUCGGACAUCCUUAUAAAGGGAAGAAUUAACCACCUCCUGAGUGAGCGAGAACUGAACCAAGCAUUCACAUUAGCUCUCUCGGUAGAUAUAGAAAGGAACACAAAUGCACACUGGCUGCUGCAGCUGUGUCAUAGGUUCAACGUGAAGCAUCUGUUCAGUGAGAACUUGUCUCUAACACAACCAGUACUACUAGGUGUAAGUAAAAUUUUAUGUGAGUCCCUUGUGAAGACAUCCAAUUUGACAUUAGAAGAGGCGGACUUCAGGAUGAAAUGGGUUCAGGAGUGUCUGCAAGAGUUAGAUGUAAACCAUUCAGACUUAGUAAAAACCAACUCUUACAUGUUCGUAAAAAAUAUGGUUAAUAAUAUUUCUGCAUUUAAUUAUCUCGUGGGGAAAGAAAUUGGAAAGCUGAAUGACAGCGUGGUCAAUUUGGCCAACAUUGAUUUGAACAAGAGAAUACUUUUAAAUGAAGAUCCUCAAUUGAGGGACAAGAAAAUGUCGAGCACGUCUGGCGCAGAGGAGACCGAAUCCCUUGCCAGUAGGAACCUCUACUUGGGUUCACCACAGAAGUAUUAUUUGCAUAACAAAAACAUGCUCGUGGCGUUGCAGGAAAGGCUCAUGGUUGUUAGGAGGCUCCUCAAGAGCAUUAUCGUUAGCCUGGGCACCAACGACGACGCCCCGAUGUGCAGCAAGUAG